AUGGCAAAAGAUGAGGAAUCAAUUAGCAUAUUGUUCCCACUCCGAUCUGCAUCGACGAAUGUGCCUACAGCGAACGCGAGAAUGAGGUUUACGAACGAUUCGUAUGACGAUCUGGUGAUACAGGGGCUGAAUCUUGUUGGUACGGGGCUGAAACCGAGAUCUAAGACGCUGAAGUACCUGAAAUCGAACAAUUUCUCUACUCCGAAUGUUGAUGCGAUCCAUGAGAAGCGGGACGAAAACGUGUUCAAGAGCGAUGAUACGGGGUCGAGCAGCCCCAGGGAUGAUGUGCUGCCGUCUCACGAUGAGAUAGAUGCUGAAUUUGAUGCGUUGUUGGAUGGGCAUGCGUUUCUGGGGGUUGCGAAGCAGAACUUGAAGACUCUGUCGUACACACGGAAAUGGGAGUUGAUCAAGAAGGAGAAGCGACUGCAUGCGCCCAAGGAGGCACAGGAGGAUCCCAGGGUACGGAACUUACGGAUGAUCUUGGGGUCGCUACAGAGAAGGACUGGUGUGACGGAGACGCUAUACCAGCUUGAAAGACAGCUUCGGAAUUCGAGGUUUAUUACGUUGUUUGUGGAAGGGGACGGUGUUGGUGUGUUGAACGAGUGUGUUGAUUGUAUCGGGAAGAAGUCGCAGUAUGUGUAUCUCUGCUGCUACAAGGCGUUGUUGAAUGAUCCGGAGGCAAGAUCUGCUGUGUUUCGCAAUACCGAAUGGAUCUCGUACGUCUUUGUGCUUUUAGUGACGCUGGACGCAGAUCUGCGUGUACGUCUCUUGUCUACUCAGAUCAUCAUCCUCCUGACUUAUUCAACAGAGUGGUCAGACUCACUCUUGGAGUCCCUCGAACCGCUGUAUGAAUCGUGGGUCCAGGCUGUUGAGAAAACGUUGCAGGACCCGGACGAGCACGCUUCCAACAACGCUCUAAUUCUUCCGAAACCGAAACAAAUGCUCAUCGAAUACUCAAUAUCUACGCUUCUACUGAUAAAGUCAAUCCAACAACUACUUCCUUCCAAUGAAUCCAAGCUCUCGUGCUUUAAAAAGUUAAAGACCGCAGGAAUACACCGGGUAUUCCGAUUGAUGAGAGAGUUGGAUCAUGAAGACUUGAUAGAACAAAUCGACGACUAUAUCAAUCUCGAACUGAAAGUUCAACAAAAAGUGUUUAGCAACGAUUCGCUGCCCGAGGUAUCGUAUGGACCCCAAAUCAAGAGUUUGGUCGAGUCUACGAAGGACACCUCUUUAGAAAAACCAGUGUCCAAUAUCAUCGAAACUGUACUGGACCUGGUGAAUUCAAGAACGACAGCAGAAUCUAUGAAACUGUUCUCCGUUUUCAAUUCAAUUUUGAAAUACCUAUCGGACCAUUCUCUGGGCGAUGGGUCUGUUGAUGAAACGGACAGCGAGAAGAUAUUUAUGACUUCUUUGGAUCAUAUCAUGGAUAAUUUGCAGUCGCACCAAAUAGCUAACAGGGCGAUGGAAGAACUAGACCAGAAGAAGAAAGAGAUUGAAGACUUGAAAUCCGAAUUACAACUGCUUAGGGAUGAGAAACAAGUGUCAAAAGGUGAUUUACUGCAGGAAUUAGAUAUAAAAGAGCACGCACUGCACUCUCAGCAAUUGCUCAUAAAAGAGUUACAAAAUCGACUGAAGAUAGUAGAAAAUCAGCUGAAGAAAGAAAAGAAGCAAUUAGACCUGACAAUUGCCCAUAGAGACUCAUCGGACCGUACCGCAAACAGAUCUGUAUCAUUAUUUGAAACAUUGAAGGAGUCCAAUUCUCCUAGAAGAUCUGCUUCUUUAUCUAAAAGCAAAAGACUAACAUCAUUAUCGGCACUUGCGCAUCAAGGACAAACUAACACUAACACUGACAAUAGAAAAAACAAAUACGUUAAUAUUCGCUCGCCAUUCAACAUUUCGAAUAACAAUUCAGAUGAGAACCUUUCCAUAUCGCCAAUUUCUCAACCGAAGCACCACAGGGCAAAUCUAUCGAGUGGAAUUGAACAAAAUGGGAACGACGUUGCAUCUGCUAGUGAAACGGAUGUUCCUUCUGCUUCAACAGCAUUCUCGCCGGCAUCUUAUGGGUUUUCUGCGUCAGAAUCUACUUCUGUGCCAUUUGCAGCUUCCAAAAUUCCUCAUGAUACUAAACAUAGUGAAGCAUAUGGAUCAGUACCGGCACCAACCACUGCAUCUGCGUCUGCCACUGCAUCUGCUGCUGUGCCAGCACCUCCACCUCCACCGCCAUUACCUCCACAACUGGUGUCGGCAGCAACAGCAGCUCCUCCCCUUCCUCCUCCGCCUCCGCCUCCUCCGCCUCCACCACCUCUGCCACCUUCGUUAGACAAGUCUAAGGCGGAUACCCCGGAAAAGGGCAAUGAGUCUGAAAAAGCGAAGGACGAUGCAAACGUUCCGCCUGCUCCACCAUUACCACCACCGCCACCACCACCGUUGCCUAUACUCAAAGACAAUAAUUCUGUUGUGGCUAUAACGGAACCUAAAAAGGCACCUAAAGCCUUGAAGCAAAUCCACUGGGAAAAGAUAGACAAUAUCAAGGAUACUCUAUGGAACGAUUCGGACAUUAGAAGCGAUAUCAAAGAAGAUUUGGAUGAGAAAGGUGUGUUCAACGAAAUCACGAACUUGUUUGAACAAAAAGUGGUACCGAUCAAGAAGAAGCAGAGCAGAAUUACAAACAGGGGCGCCGCGCACGUCUCAAUCCUAUCGCGAGAUCUGGCACAGCAGUUUGGUAUCAAUCUCCACAUGUUUUCGUCGUAUUCUGUGGAACAAUUGUUGCAGAAAGUAUUGCGAUGCGAUGAUGAUAUCAUCAAGAACCACAGCGUGCUCGAAUUUUUCAACAAGGACGACUUCGAAUCCAUCCCACAAAGCGUGGUCAGGAGCUUCGAGCCUUACUCAACAGACUGGAACACGGGCAAGAAGCCCCAGGAGGACGUCACUAAGCUUCAACGUGCGGACAGAAUUUUCUUGGAGCUUUUCUACAACAUGCGCUACUACUGGAAGAUCCGCAGUCUUGCGCUUCUCACUGCGCUGACCUACGAAAAGGACUACUACGACGUCCUGUACCAGUUACAGAAGAUCGACGACGCAACCCAGAUGCUCAAAAAAUCGAGCAGGCUCAAGCGGUUUUUCUACAUUGUGGUCGAGAUCGGAAAUUUCAUGAACCACAAGCAGACUGCGGGCAUCAAGCUCUCUUCCUUGACGAAACUCUCGAUGGUCAAGAGCAGCAGCGACAAGAACCUCUCGUUCUUACACGUCAUAGAGCGUAUCGUCCGCGAAAAGUACCCGGACGUGUACGAAUUCACCGGCGACUUGGAACGUCUCACGGAUGUGGGCAAAAUCAGCAUCGAAUCCGUAGAAGCAGAAGUCAGGGACUUCUACGACAAAAUCAUGCGGAUCAGAGACUCCUUCGAGAGAGGCAAGCUCUCGCACACCGAAAUGCAUCAUCCGGACGACAAGUUCCGCAAAAAGAUAAGUCUCAAGCUCCCAAGCGCAAUCCGCAAGGCUGACCUCCUCAACAACCAGUGCAAACUCACAAUCGCCGAAUUCACCCGCGUCAUGAAGUACUGCGGCGAGGACCCUGCCAAUCCGGACUCCAAAAACAACUUCUUCAACAACUUUUCCGAGUUCCUGGCGCUCUUCCAAAAAGUGUCGCAGGAAAACAAAGAAAAGGAAGCCAUGGACCACGUAUACCACCAGCGCCAGCUUCUCCUCCAGAAAGCCGCCUCACGCUCAACCCCAGAUGAAGAACAACUCACAGACACCGUUGAUCUCCUCAUGAAGCGUUUGAGAAAGGCCUCUACAGACUCAAGCAUUUCCACUACUACUACUAAUAAUAAUAAUUCCAGUCCUACUGACUCUACAUCCCCGGAAAAACGCAAGACUUCCAGGGUUUCUUCAGAACACGACAGAACCCUCCUCACAAGAGCCCUCACCCUCAAAAGCGGCAUCCAGAAACUCUGA